UUAGUACUGUAUACGACAUCGCGGGUACCGGUCGUGUCUGUGAUCUUACGACUUUUAACUAUUAGAUCGUAAACCGUUUAAUUAGUUUCAUAUAGUUUUUGUGUGUUUUAUGCUGGAUUGUCUAUAUUUUAUUAUUUGUGAAUUUUCUACGUAAAUAAGGACAAUGGCUAUCCAAGGCAUAUCUCUAGAAGACGAGUACAAGAAGAACACCGGCACCACGCCUUCUGAUAUCAAGAAGUUGAGAGACUGGCUCAGCACGCAGCCACAUUUGCCUGCAGAAUAUAUCACAGACCUGGACCUGAUCCUGACGUUCCACAGCUGCGAUCACAGCGCGGAGGUGUCGAAGCAAGUGCUGGACCUCCACUACACGCUGCGGACGCUCUUCACUAACUUUUUCAAGGACAGGGCUAUGGAUGCGAAGGUCGAACAGAAUUUGCAGAACGUGUUACUCGAGCCACUACCCACUCGGUCCAGGACCGGAGCCGCCGUAUUCUACUGUCGGCUGCUGGACUAUGAACCAAAGAACUUCGAGUUCGCUAAGUCACUGAAGUCAGUUCUCAUGAUCCUGGAUCUCUGGCAGUUCGAAGAGGGCACGUGGCCUGGCUUCGUGCUGAUCUUCGACUUGGAGGGGCUCCGGCUAGGCCAUUUAGCCAGGCUCGAUGUACAGACUCUUCAGCAGUUCCUCUAUUAUUUACAGGAAGCCAUGUUAGUAAAAAUCGAAGGCCUACAUUUCCUAAACGCGCCAUCUUUCAUGGACCGCCUCAUGAUGAUGAUCAGGCCAUUCCUCAAGAAAGAGAUGAUGGAUGUGCUCGUCAUCCACCAGAUCGGAGCCAAGACCUUGGACAAGUUUGUGCCGAUGGAAGGCCUGCCCAAAGAAGCCGGCGGGAAUUAUAAGACUUAUGAUGAAUGCAAAAACGCAAUGUUAGCCAGACUACGUGCUAACAAGGAGUUCUUCGUAAAAGAGAACAAGAAGCGAGUGAUAGAAGCCAAGCGGCCAGGCAAGCCGAAGACCAUCUCAGACAUAUUCGGCAGCGUCGAGGGCUCUUUCAAAAAACUCGAUAUCGACUAAAAAUAAGUUGAGAUGAGAAUGUGUCAAAAUGUUUUAAAUUAGCGCCAUCUGUUGAGCAAUUUUGUAACAGGGAUAAAAGGUGCUUGAUUUUUUUAUGAAUGUACAGUGGCCAUUUUGUUAUUAUUAAAAGAAUUUGUUUUAAUUACUGAUGUGUCAAUUAAUUCUUCAAAUUAUAAGUCAUUGAAAGCAAAAUAUUGCAAAUUCGAUUUGCUGUGUUAGGAAUUUCAACGAAAUAAAAGCAGUAUGAACGUUUAUUUAGCAAUAUAUUUCAUAGAAACAUAAAUGCUGACAUUUUACGCUUACACCAUAGAAAAUGGAAUAACGACCAGCGCCGCGCAAACUGAAACAAUAAGAAAAGAAAAUUAUAAUCUUUGCCUAUUACAAAAAAGGUUUACAUUUUGUUUAUGGUAUGCAUCAGUUAGGGUAAGUAGCAUCAAAAGCUUUCAGUCGAAAGAUGGUGUUAUUUGAAAUCAUCAUAACAAAAAAUAUU